CUUUGAUAUCCAACAUCCUCACUCAACUAAUUAAUUACCACAUCCUCAAGUAUUCAUUCAACUAAACUAAAAAAAACUAUACAAAUGGCAACCAAACUUGUACUUCUAGCUGUGGCCUUGGCUGCCUUAGUGGUGAUGACCCAUGCCACCAUCAUAACCACCGAGGUCGAGACCGAGGACUCAGACCAAAGGAUCGGCACUGACCGGUGUCGCCGCCAGCUCCGAUCGCAGUGGCCGAACCAGUGUGAGGAGUUGUUGAUGCAGAAAAUGAGGAGGCACAGGCGUUAUAGUGAUGAUAAUCAAGGGAGACAGUAUUUUGAGCGGUGUUGUGAUGAUUUGAGGAUGAUGGAUCCACAAUGCCAAUGUGAUGCCAUGAAGAUGAUGGUGGAAGAUUUGAGGAUGAAGCAACAAGAGAGGGGGAUGCAACAGAUGAUUGAAAGAGCUAUGGAAAUCCCCAUGAUGUGUGGCACCAUGCAACGUAAAUGCCGCAUGUCUUACUACUGCUAUCAUUCCACCAUUCAGAUGGUAUCAUUUGAAGCUUUGUAUGGCAGGCGUUGUCGUACUCCUUUGUGUUGGAGUGAUAUUGGUGAGUCGGUUGUGAUUGGUCCAGAGAUGAUUCAGGAGACUAUUGAGCAGGUCAAGCUCAUCCAGCAGAAAAUGAAGGCGGCGCAAGAUAGACAAAAGAGCUAUGGUGAUAAGCAUCGUCGCCAUGAGGAGUUUCAGUUGCGGCGAUACAUUAGUGACCCUUCGCAUGUGCUACAGCCAGAGACUCUCCAGUUAGAUGAUAACAUGACUUAUGAGGAGUUUCCAGUUCAGAUUCUCGAUCACAAAAUUCGUAAGACUCGCAAAGGUGAGACAAAGAUCGUGAAGGUGCUGUGGUCAAACCACAACUCGGAGGAGUCUACUUGGGAAGCUGAGGAUGCGAUGCGUCUUAAGUAUCCCCAUCUCUUCACCCAGCUUAACCAUCCAAGAAAAAUGGCAAACACAUUACCACUCCUCCUAGCAGCCAUACUGGCCUCCCUCCUCCUCAUCUCCACCUUCGAAACCACCGGUGCCAUAGCCAACGAGGCGCGGCUGAGCUCGCAAUGCGAGCGACAAUUAAGGUGGGAGAAACUCGAGCACUGCCGGCAGUAUCUCAAGAGCGAAAUGGACGUGCUUAUGCUCCCGAAUUCGGGUAAUCAAGCAUGUUGCUUAAGGGAGUGUUGUGACAUGCUACAAGAGAUGGACGAAGAUUGCGUGUGCGAGGCACUCGAAAGCGUGGCCGAGGAAGAGAGGGAAAGGAUGAUGAUUAGGGGAGGAGAUCAGGGGCGUAAAAUGGGGAGGGUGGUGCUUAGGAAGGCAAUGCAGCUUCCUGGGAAGUGCGGAAUUAGUGCACGCUGUGAAGGUAGUGGUGCUGGUGCUACCACCACCAUGUACUAAUAAUGAUAGCUUAAUUAACUACUUAGGUAAUCCGUAAUUAUGCAUGCAUGCAUGUUACUAAUAUAAUGUACUACGUGUUGAUAGGUAAUAAAGGUACAUGAUCGUGUGCUUUAAUUUUCAGUUUUGUAACUUUGAUUUAUUAGUUUUGGACUUUUGGCGUGUGUAGAAUUUAUGUUCUUUAGAUGUUAAAUAAAUGUACCCUAUCGAACUGAUGGAAAAUCAUGUUAUCUUUAUAUAUUAUAUAUCUUUUUCUUGUAA